AUGGCUUCCGGCCUCAUCCUGGCCCGUGUCACCAGUGCGCCUGAACCCGGUCGUCGAGUAGCAGGUGGUUCCUUGUUACCGUCAUUGCACCAGACCCCCCGAAAACGCGACUUGCCUGUGGAAAAGUCUCACCGGCGACGCGGUGCCGACCGAUCAUCCCCUCCUGCCCAAUACUUCUGGUCUCCUGGAAGCACGAGUCCACGGCCGGAGCCAGAAGAGCCUCCGGACAAACGCCCGCGACUGGAUCAUACACCGGAAAAGUUAGAAACAGGAGAGGAAUCGUCUAAGAGGAGGAUGUACCCUCAGACCAGCUCGUAUGUUUACCCGGGAGAGCAUCGCCCUCCCGCCCCCCCUCCAGACGACACUGCCCACGAUCGGUCGUGGCGCGGAUCCUGCGGCAACUGCUCAGAUACCGAGUCCCUGGUGCUGGAUCUUGUCCAUGGACUUUUGGAGCUUCAAUCAGAGGUCACUCGAGCUCUGGCGAUUUCGACAGGGCGAAAGAGUCCUUUCGAGUCUAUCGGAGUCGAAGUGACUAAGCUAGGCCUCAAACAGUCUCUUACAUGGACCCUCAAUGAACUUCGGAAUACAAAUCGCCUCAUACAGUCACAUGCAGCUACGUCGAAACCGGGGUUACCACCCCUGGCUGAUGUCGUCCCGGCCCCAUUCGUAAACGACAUACGUCGUUUAUCGAUCCAUGGCCAAUCUUCGGCGUCUCCCACAAAUAUAAAUGACCCCCGCAAAGCGUCGCUCCCACCAGAUAUAACUCGAAGUGAUGAUUACCAACGUCGCCCACCCGAACACCCUGCUAUCCAGAUGCCUCGAUCGUUCGACCAAGGGCUUCCCCCCAUCCUCCAAGGGGAGGAGUUGAAACGAAACCCAACCUACGAGCAGACGGCUUCGGGCUCGGGGCAGUCGCCACAUGCCUCAUCCGUCAGUUCGGUCUUUGGCUCGGGCCAGUCACCCAUGCAAUCUCAGCCGUCCAGCCGGACGCUGCCAUCACCACCAGCCAUCCAAUAUGGGCGGACAGGGAGUUCGGAAUACAUCCAGUACUCGCCCACGACGACUCAGGCUGCCCACAAUGCUCAUCUCCAAGACCUGCAACACCAGAUCUCGACCAAGACGCUCGCGCUUCAAACCCUGCAGCGUGAACACGAUCAGCUGUUGGCCGCCUUUUCGAGGUCUCAGAUACGAUGUACCGCUCUGGAUAAGAAGUCACAGGUGUCGGAUCACGAAAUCAACACUUUGACCGAGGACAAGAUUCGACUACAGCAACAAGUGGAGGCAUUGGAGAGCCAGGUCCAGGAACUGGCCAAAUCACGUGACGAGGUUCAUCAGCAAUCGUCGGCGGAUGGCGCACAGUGGAGACAAAUCGUGGCCAUGUCCUCGCAACUGCAACUCAAAGGGGCCGACGAAGCUCGACGGUUUAAGCUAGAGCGAGAGGGGUGGGAGCGAGAUCGGGCAGCGCUCCAGAAACGAAUUGACGAACUUGAGUCUGGUAAGGAAAGGCUUCCCGAGACGAGGCCGGUCUCUGGUUCCACGACCCCCGUGGCAAACGAUCCCAUUCUGACUUCGGGCUCUGUUGAGGUUCUUAGAGAAGAGAUCGUCAAGCUUCGGCGCCGGUGCGUCGAAUUGGAACUAAUGCUUCAAGAGCUCGCGGGAGAGGCCGAGCAGAUUGAAAGUGCAAUUACCGCAAUGGAGAACGUUCGAAAAUCCCUGACGAGCAAAAAGCGCCGCACGGACGAUACUUAG